AUACGCGGCGCCGACGGGUGCGUCGAGCUCGCCGCGGACCCAAGAUGGCGGCGUGUGGACGUGUACGGAGGAUGUUCCGCUUGUCGGCGGCGCUGCAGCUGCUGCUGCUCGCCGCGGCCGGGGCCGAGAGAUUCCCGAGCCAGGGCGGCCACAGCCAGGGCCAGGGCCCUGCGCCUAACUUUGUGUCCUUCAUAGGGCAGGCUGGAGGCGGCGGGCAGGGGGGUCAGCAGCUGCUCCAGCUGCCUCAGUCAUCUCAGCACCAGCACCAGCAGCAGCAGCAGCAGCAGCAGCAACAGCAGCAACAGCAGCAGCAACAACCGCCUCAGCCGCCGCAGCCGCCUUUCCCGGCGGGUGGGCCUCCGGCCCGGCGGGGCGCAGCGGGACCCGGAGGGGCUGGCGGGGGCUGGAAGCUGGCGGAGGAAGAGUUCUGCAGGGAGGACGUGACCCGUGUGUGCCCCAAGCACACCUGGAGCAACAACCUGGCGGUGCUCGAGUGCCUGCAGGACGUGAGGGAGCCUGAAAAUGAAAUUUCUGCAGACUGCAAUCAUUUGUUGUGGAAUUACAAGCUAAAUCUAACUACUGAUCCCAAAUUUGAAUCUGUGGCCAGAGAGGUCUGCAAGUCUACCAUAUCAGAGAUUAAAGAAUGUGCUGAUGAGCCAGUUGGAAAAGGUUACUUGCUUUCCUGUUUGGUGGAUCACCGAGGCAACAUCACUGAGUACCAGUGUCACCAGUACAUCACCAAGAUGACAGCCAUCAUCUUCAGUGAUUACCGUUUAAUCUGUGGCUUCAUGGAUGACUGCAAAAAUGACAUCAAUAUUCUGAAAUGUGGCAGCAUUCGGCUAGGAGAAAAGGAUGUACAUUCACAAGGUGAGGUGGUAUCAUGUUUGGAGAAAGGCCUGGUGAAGGAAGCAGAAGAAGGAGAUCCCAAAAUUCAGGUCUCUGACCUCUGCAAGAAAGCCAUCCUCCGGGUGGCUGAAUUGUCUUCAGAUGACUUUCAUUUGGACCGACAUUUAUAUUUUGCUUGCCGAGAUGAUCGGGAGCGUUUUUGUGAAAAUACACAAGCUGGUGAGGGCAGAGUGUAUAAGUGCCUCUUUAACCAUAAGUUUGAAGAAUCCAUGAGUGAAAAGUGUCGAGAAGCACUAACAACUCGCCAAAAGCUAAUUGCCCAGGAUUAUAAAGUCAGUUAUUCACUGGCCAAAUCCUGUAAGAGUGACUUGAAGAAAUACCGAUGCAACGUGGAAAACCUCCCUCGGUCCCGGGAGGCCAGGCUCUCCUACCUUCUAAUGUGUCUGGAGUCAGCUGUGCACAGAGGGCGGCAAGUGAGCAGUGAAUGCCAGGGGGAGAUGUUAGAUUACCGACGGAUGUUGAUGGAAGACUUUUCUUUGAGCCCUGAGAUCAUCCUAAGCUGUCGGGCGGAGAUUGAACACCACUGCUCUGGAUUACAUCGGAAAGGGCGAACUCUGCAUUGUCUAAUGAAAGUCGUUCGGGGGGAGAAAGGGAAUCUUGGCACCAACUGCCAGCAAGCGCUUCAAACACUGAUUCAGGAGACGGACCCUGGGGCAGAUUACCGCAUUGAUAGAGCUUUGAAUGAAGCUUGUGAAUCAGUAAUUCAGACAGCCUGCAAGCACAUCAGAUCAGGAGACCCAAUGAUCCUCUCAUGCCUGAUGGAACAUUUAUACACAGAGAAGAUGGUGGAAGAUUGUGAACACCGUCUCUUAGAGCUACAGUAUUUCAUCUCCCGAGACUGGAAGUUGGACCCCGUCUUAUACCGCAAGUGCCAAGGAGACGCGUCUCGUCUUUGCCACACCCAUGGUUGGAAUGAGACCAGUGAACUAAUGCCUCCGGGAGCCGUGUUCUCUUGCUUAUACAGACACGCCUACCGCACCGAGGAGCAGGGCAGGAGGCUCUCAAGGGAGUGCCGAGCUGAAGUCCAAAGGAUCCUUCACCAACGUGCCAUGGAUGUUAAGCUGGACCCAGCCCUCCAGAACAAGUGCUUGAUUGAUCUGGGAAAAUGGUGCAGUGAAAAGACAGAGACUGGGCAGGAACUUGAGUGCCUGCAGGACCAUCUGGAUGACUUGGCCGUGGAGUGCAGAGAUAUCGUCGGCAACCUCACCGAGCUAGAAUCCGAGGAUAUUCAAAUCGAAGCCUUGCUGAUGAGAGCCUGUGAGCCCAUAAUUCAAAACUUUUGCCACGAUGUGGCCGAUAACCAGAUAGACUCUGGGGACCUGAUGGAGUGUCUGAUACAGAACAAACACCAGAAGGACAUGAAUGAGAAAUGCGCCAUCGGAGUCACUCACUUCCAGUUGGUACAAAUGAAGGAUUUUCGGUUCUCCUACAAAUUUAAAAUGGCCUGCAAGGAGGAUGUGCUGAAACUUUGCCCCAAUAUAAAAAAGAAGGUGGACGUGGUGAUCUGCCUGAGCACCACUGUGCGCAAUGACACUCUGCAGGAAGCCAAGGAACACCGGGUUUCCCUGAAGUGCCGAAAGCAGCUGCGGGUGGAGGAGCUGGAAAUGACAGAGGAUAUCCGUCUAGAACCAGAUCUGUAUGAAGCCUGCAAGAGUGACAUCAAGAACUACUGCUCCAGUGUGCAGUAUGGCAAUGCUCAGAUUAUUGAAUGUCUGAAAGAAAACAAGAAGCAGCUGAGUACCCGUUGCCACCAGAAAGUUUUUAAGCUGCAGGAGACCGAGAUGAUGGACCCAGAACUAGACUACACACUCAUGAGAGUCUGCAAGCAGAUGAUAAAGAGAUUUUGUCCAGAAGCAGAUUCUAAAACCAUGUUGCAGUGCUUAAAGCAAAAUAAAAACAGUGAGUUGAUGGAUCCCAAAUGCAAACAGAUGAUAACCAAGCGACAGAUCACUCAGAACACAGAUUAUCGCUUAAACCCUGUGCUGAGGAAGGCAUGUAAAGCUGACAUUCCUAAAUUCUGUCAUGGUAUCCUGACUAAGGCCAAGGAUGAUUCAGAACUAGAAGGUCAAGUCAUCUCCUGCCUCAAACUAAGAUAUGCCGACCAGCGCCUCUCCUCAGACUGUGAAGACCAGAUACGGAUUAUUAUCCAGGAGUCUGCUCUAGAUUACCGACUGGAUCCUCAGCUCCAGCUGCACUGCUCCGAUGAGAUCUCCAACCUGUGUGCUGAAGAAGCAGCAGCCCAGGAGCAGACGGGUCAGGUAGAGGAGUGCCUCAAAGUGAACCUGCUCAAAAUCAAAACGGAAAUGUGUAAAAAGGAAGUUCUGAACAUGCUGAAGGAGAGCAAAGCAGACAUCUUUGUGGACCCAGUUCUUCACACAGCUUGUGCUUUGGACAUUAAACACCACUGUGCCGCCAUCACCCCUGGCCGAGGGCGUCAAAUGUCCUGCCUUAUGGAAGCCCUGGAGGAUAAGCGGGUGAGAUUACAACCAGAGUGCAAAAAACGCCUCAAUGAUCGGAUUGAAAUGUGGAGUUAUGCAGCAAAGGUGGCCCCCGCAGAUGGCUUCUCUGAUCUCGCCAUGCAAGUGAUGACUUCGCCAUCAAAGAACUACAUUCUCUCUGUGAUCAGUGGGAGCAUCUGUAUAUUGUUCCUGAUCGGCCUCAUGUGCGGACGCAUCACCAAGCGAGUGACACGAGAGCUCAAGGACAGGUAGAGCCACCUUGACCACCUGAGGAACUACCUGUCCAGUGCCCAGUGUGUACAGCCCUCCUGUAUAGUGUCCCCACUCACCUCGUUCUUCUGAGGUGACACCAACACCCGUGUUAGAGCAGCAGCAGGUACCCACUGCAUUGUCCCACCUCAGACUUCGCCCGUGUCCAUGGUGUCCUCCUCCUCGACCAUCCGCACAGCAGCAGCAGCUGACCGCUUUGGUUGUUGCCUUUGUUGGCAGACUUGGGCGUACCUGCCCCUAGACAAGCCUUUCGCAUACAGUGGAACUACCAGUCCUUCCAGAACCAACUUACCUGACCUGCAACUCAAAUGAUUUUUUUUUUAAAAAAACAAAAGAAAAAAAAAAGAAAUUUUUAAGGAAAGGAAAAAAUGUAUAUAGUAGCACAUCUCCUCCAGGCUGGAUUUGGGCAGUGGGAUUACUUUGUGACUAUAAAAUGAAGGCAGAACUUUAAGGGAAAAUGCGCCAUCCAAUUGCUAUCGCUGGAAUGUCUUGCUUAUUUCUCAGAAGCGCCUUUGGGCCAUGUCGGGGCCAUGGAUUUCACCGAGUAGUGGGACGCCACUAACCUGUCUUCUCUGGGUCUUUAUUUUCUUCUGAUGAAACAGUGAUGCCUUCCAGUUCCCACCUAACAGAACCACUGCUGGUCAAGACCCAAGGUGUUUCUGUGGUCUCCUCAUCUCAGCGAAUUACACAGGAGCCUCUUCUGGCCAAGGGCAGAUGGGCUGCAGAGGGGACCCGAGGUGUGAGGAGCUGGUCAGUCUGUUGGUCUGCGCUGAGGGCUGGGCCUGUGUCCCUGGGUGGGGGUCCUAGUGCUCUUCCUCCCCCAGGCCAGUGCACCACAUGGUCACCUUUAGGCCAGCCCUGCUAGGGUAGCGGUCGCUGCUGAAGUCAGCUGCCUGGAGGCAGUGACUGGGGCAGAGGACUGCUCAGAGCAGGAAGGAGGAGCUGGGAAUUGAACACUUUGCUUUACUUUUCAGGCAAUAGAGCAGGUAGGGGUGGGCUCAGGAUGUGACUUGGCAGCAGCCUGACCUUUCUCCAGGGUCAAGGCCAUUGUGCGUGGAGAGGGCAUGGAAAGUUCUUCCAGGAAGAAAUGGAGGUUUUUCUUCUCAGUCCAUUUACUGCAUAUAUCUGUUGUAGUAGGCAUUGGCUAAAUGUUGCCUUUUAGCGACUCAUUGAUCUUUCCAAAACCUGAGCUUAAUGGAAGCAUUAUCCCUGGCCACCCCCUUAUCCCUGCAGUGUAGAGGUGGCAGCUUUGGGGUCUAGAGAGGGAGGUGCAGGCAACACGGUUCAGCCAGACACACUUGACUUGAGUUCGGGGCAUGUAGUCACAGAGGCUGCGCAAGAGAGUGGCGUGUAUAGUAGGAGAUAUAUUUAUAUAAUAUAUAUUUUAUUAACCUGUUAGACAUCCACAAAGUAUUAUAAAUCAUGUGCCUAAAGUUGACCACAUGACCAUGCGCCCUCCCCUGCCCCCCCAGCCACUGUCCAUGUGCUGCAGGGCUGCGCGGCCUCUGUCUUCCCUGAAAUGUCUUCAGUACAAAGUGGGUCACUUUGUGGAUCAGUUGGUCCAGAUUGCUCCUUGUCUAACCUGACUGACGUAUAUUUGAAUACUGUGGUUUUCUUCUUUUUCUUUCUUUUCCUUUAACUAUCCAUCUGGAGGCGGUGGGUUCUAGAAGCCAACCAUACAUCUCCCAUUCCUAGGGCACAGGUCACCGGGGGAGCCACCGAGCUGCUGGUCCCCUCGGUCCUGUUCUUGGGGGCCUCCUGAUUCUCAGCAGCUGCCUGGGACUCGUGCAUCAUUUGCAAGAACCUGAAGCUCUUGCAGUCUGAGCAGCACCCGCCUCCGCCACUGCAGGGCUGCACGGAGCAGUGCACACGCCCAUCCCCGGGCUGCCGCUGGCGGGUGGGGCGGCGGCGGCGGGGUCGAGACUGGCUGUUCUCAGACCAGGCCCCACCCACAUGUCCGUGUGGUCUACAGGGGGUUCGGUGCCACCAUUUGAGGCGGGUGAUACCUUCCCCCGCUCUGCCGUGUCCCUCCACAUACGUGUAAGAACUUGUCUCGUUCACGUGUCUCAGUGAUUCUUUCUGAACUAAGAUCCCACUAGUUGUCUGCAGCACAUUUGAAAUUUGAAAAGGAGUGUGAUGCUCAAGACAUUCGUCACCUUUAGAAAUCAUCAAAACUGCCAGCAUCUUCAGCUGCUUGGUGUUAAGGAAACAUUUCAGCACCACACUUAGAACAGCUUCACUGGACUAGCGCUGGGCGGCCCAGGCAGUGUCCUAAACGUGUUUCCUGCGCCCGAGGCCUGGCGCCAUCUGAACCGACAGCCCAGCUGUGUCCAUUCUGGACUUCAUUUGGCAUCAUGGCGCAGGUUUUGAGACCCUUCUGGUUGCUGGCCUCCUCGGAGGCCGUUGGUAAAUCAACUAGGAAACCAUGACCCUGCAGCAGGAGCUGACGUGGGCUUUGGCCUUACCGCUCCUCCUGUCAUCUAGUCUGUGAACAGCAGCACGGGGGUUUCACCAAGGCCAGGCCUCUGGCGCUUGCUGAAAAUCGCAGCAGUAGGUAACCCACGUGGCCUGUCAGCUCAGGGCCCUGUCCCUGAGACUCGUGAGCUCUGCCACACUGCGCGGUCUUUCUCCUGGCUGGCGGCACUGCCGUGCAGGAGGCAGCAGAUGGUCAAGAGCAAGACGGACCGCUUUCUCCAGCAGAGCGCUCGCAGCAGGGGGGCCAGUGCGCGGACUGCGCAGGGCGCUCCCGAUGGCGUCCGCAGUCGCUGCCGUGCAAGAGACGUCUGCGUGCAAGCUGUGCCCAGGUGGCAGCCGUAGCGGAAGACAGGCCCGCUUCAGGCAGAAGCUGUCCUCUGCGUGCCCUGGAGACCCUGCUGCCUGGAAGAUGAAACAGAAAACGACUCUGGGAUGUCAUUUCUUCCAUUUCCUAAGGUCGCGUAAUAGAAGACUCUAGGAGUGAAGAGAUGAGCACGUCAUUACAUUUCACCAGAUAGCACAGAUGGGGUGUUUGGUGCCGACUUCCUCCGCCUUCCCGCUCAUGCGAGUGUGGCUGCUGGGCCGUGUGCUGCCCCCUGCAGGCCACGGCACUCUUCUCUCCCAAAGACCCUGCUGCAGUGAGUCCGGGCAGGGUGAGUGACUUCAUCAGGCCUCCCUCCUUAGCUGGUCUCAAGCUCAGAGCCAAGCCUUUCACUUCCAGCUUCUUCCUCCCCCAAAUCAGCGUUUUCCACAUACGACAUCUUCUAAGUCAUGGAUGAGAAAGCUGUCAGAGGGACUCCGGGGGCCAGUUAACGCAGCCUGACACAUCCCACCUAAAUUUGGGCCAUAGAACUAAAAGAACAUGUUUUUCUGAAUUAUGUAUAUUUUUAUCUUGCCCUUUGUUUCAGAUUCUUAGGAAUUUGAAAUACCUCAGAUAGCAAAGAAUUCUCUUUCAUUUGUCACCAUUUGGACAAGCACUUCAGUAGCUUUAUGAGACGCAGCAUUCCGGUGCCCUGGGUUUUCCUGGUCCUUUAUGGACACUUCUGUCCUCUUACCACUGGGCUUUGAUUCCCGUCUGGAGCCAGAGAUGCUCAGGCCUGCCUUUCUCUCCCUCACAUGUCUUGUGCUGUCUCUCUGGCCAUACUCCUGGGUCUCCUCUCUCCUCUAGAGCCAGGGUCAAGUGUCAGGGCCAUCACAGGUGACGUCAGAGCCCCCUUCCUUCCCAGACUUCAGACACCGACUUGGUGGGUCCUCACUGUGGAGAUCAGGGACUGUCUGUCUCCUGAAUCCUGACACUGGCUUCCUCUCCUGCCUCCUUCCCACCAUCCACCACGAUGUACACACAGCUAGGGCUGCUGGGAUCCAUGCAAUGGAGGAAUCUUCCUAGGCAAGGAGAAGAUGCAGACAGUGCCUCGACGUUCUUGCCUUCCCCUCAACAUAGAAUCGACACCUGAACCCCAGAGCCCAGCAGACCAGAGACCAGACAACAGGCAGGGUGGAGUGAGCAGGGGCCCGCUGGCCUGCAGUGCGCUGGACAGGGGUGGGGGCGGGAGAACCAGCCGCAGGAGGCUUCUCCAGGCUUCUCCCAGCACAGUGUCCCCAGUCACUCAAGCAGGAAAACACACUGCAGCAAACUGGGAGAUCCUAGGCCUUUAACUUUUUUUUUAAAAGAAAGAAAAAAAAGAAAAGUUAACAAGUCUCUUUUGUAAAUGGUUUUCCUUUCUAUGUAUAAAAUCUUGGCAGUUCCUUGUUUUUACAUGUUCAUGCUGUGUAAUUUUGAGACGUUACUGAGAUUCUGAACAUAAUGUGCAUUUUUUUCUGUACAGAAGAAAUGGGAGACUUUAAUAAAGAGUUUGCAGGUUUUUA